GCUCAGGCUCUCCUUUUUUCCCCCUUUCACUUUGCUCCACAUUGAAUUUUACUUUGCAGAAUGUAGCAGCCUCUUCUUCUGCCAAGAUGUUCAGAAUGAAGAGAUUUAUACAGAGGUUCUGGAUUCUUCUGCAUGUGUGUCUGUCCACUGUCAUUGGUAAAAUCUGCAUGUUCUUCUUCCCAGGUACUGUGAAGAGCUAUCUCCUGAAGCAGAGAGAAAAGAAUGGCAUGGGAGACAACCCAAAAUUCAUCUAUGACAAUUGGGGUCCAACUUUCUUCAGCUUCCCUUACUUACUCUUUGUCUUGAAAGUCAAAUGGAAGAGGCUGGAAGAUGAAGCCUUUCAAGGCUGUCCUGCUCCUAACACCCCUGUAGCAGAUCUCAGUGGGAAAAUGCAUCGCAUUCUAGAUUUCAUGAAAGGUAACAGGCCUUUGGUUCUAACAUUUGGAAGUUGUACCUGACCUUCAUUCAUAUUCAGAUUUGGCGAGUUUAAUAAACUUGUUGAAGAUUUCAAAUCUGUAGCAGAUUUUCUUGUAAUCUACAUUGAAGAAGCUCAUGCCUCAGAUGGAUGGGCCUUUAAGAACAAUAUUGUCAUUAAAAGUCACCAAACCCUUCAAGAUCGUAUAAUGGCUGCACAGAAACUCCUAAAACAGGAACCCUUAUGUCCAGUGGUUCUAGACACAAUGGAAAACCUGAGCAGUAACAAAUAUGCAGCUCUGCCAGAGAGACUGUAUGUGCUUCAAAAGGGAAAAGUUGUGUAUAAGGGUAGACCAGGACCUUGGAAUUAUUGCCCACAAGAAGUACAUCAAUUUUUGGAACAGUUUUACCUGUAAAAGAACACCUCAAAGCAACUUGUUUCUGAGCAGCACAUACACUCCAUUACCUGAUUACAUUUUAAAAAGUAUUUUUAUUUAUAAAGGGCUGCAUUUAUUUGGGAAAAAAUGGUGAAAACCUUACAUCAUUAAUAUUCAGCAGUCAUAAACUCUCAAUUAAACAAUAAUGUAAGAUCUAUUUAUUAUAUUUACCCUAGAUUACCUGCCAAUGCUAAUCUCCAUUCUUAUAAUUGCCAGUAGCAGAUGCACAAGCUGUUUUACACAUUUGAAAAAUAUCUUUGUGGUGAUUUUUUUAGUGAAGCAAGCUAUUCAAUUGAAAUAGGAUAACAUGAUGGGUUGCUUUAUAUAUAACAGUCUCUAGAUAGUCACACAGAGCAGUGAUCUCUCCUUUAGUGACAGGAGUGCAACAUUUCUCAAUUAUGUUUCUUCUAUAAGAGCUGUAUUUGGAAUUGUUAGUCUUUGGAUCUGAACAGAAGCUGUAUAGAAUCAAAUUUCUGGAGAACACUGUUGCCACUUGUAACAGACAAAUAUACAUGAUUGUUGUCAUGAAACUCCUACCAUGUAAAGAUGCAUUGGAUCCUUUGAAGCCAAACCACUUAAGGACAGAAGCACAAUCAAAUCCAGUUUUAAAGAUGUCUGCAGAGAAGAACUUUCUAAAUGGAAUAGUUGUAAUAAUUUUCUUACUUUUGUUUCUAUUAAUAUUUGUUUAUGAUAGUCAUAGUUUAAAACAGAAGAGAACUAUGACCUGAUAUGGAAAAUAUUUAUAGAAACAAGAUGCAAUAUUAAACUUGGUCCAAAAAUCUC